AUGUUUGUAAGCCAAGGUUUUAAGAAGCUGUGUGGUAAGUAUCGUUAUUUAACUUUGAUUAACAAUGCUUGCUGCAAAAAUGCACUGUAUAAUCUAGGACAAUUUUUUAUAAAGAUUUAAGCCCAUGCGUGGUAACUUGAUAAGCAUUUGCUAUGUGCUUUUUUAAACGAACUGAACUCAGCUGAUCUAAUAUUUUUGAAACUUCAACCUUAGUAAAUAAGAAGUGCGCGAUAAAUAAGCUUUCCGUAAGAAUCUUAUUUUUUCAAGGAACUAAUUUUUCUAGCAACACUCUCAAAUGAAAAAAAAAGGAACCCACCGUUUUUCCAGAAAAAAUGUAAAUAAAUUUUUAAAAUAUGAUGUGGGCCAUUUGGUUAUGUAUUGCAAUCUGUAAAAUAGUUGCAAAAUUGUAGACACUGUCUUCUGACCACUACGGUGGCCCACAACUGUCACGGCAAAACCAAAAACCUCAUGGCAAAAACAAAAUACCUCACGGCAAAACCAAAAACCUCAUGGCAAAAACCAAAUACCUCAUGGCAAAAGCAAAUACCCACGGCAAAACCAAAGCUAUUUUGCUUUUGCUGUGAAGUAUUUGGUUUUGCUGUGAGGUAUUUUGUUUUUGCCGUGAGGUUUUUGGUUUUGCCGUGAUGUUUUUGUUUUUGCCGUGAGGUUUUUGGUUUUGCCGUGACAGUUGUGGGCCACCAUAGACCACCACCAGACUUGCAAAGUCUCAUGAGUCUCAGGAUUGUAGGACCUGUCUCACGCUCUCACGAGUUGGCAACUGACUUCUUACACUUUCUCAAAAAAGUCAAACUCCAAAAAAUUUUGUAAUUGUAGGGUUCAUUUCAAAGUUAGAUAUCAAUAGACAGCCAGCUAAACCCAAAGAAAGUGCUUAGUGGUUGUGUUUGAUUUUAUUCUUUUAGCCAAUGGUGACUUGCUACUGCCACCAAAUGAGCAGACUUACCAUUUCUCUUGUUUCAAGAUGGCUCCAACAAACGAGAGAUAUUACAAAAUCUAAAUAAUAUAAAUCGCAAAAUUUAUCCUGAUGUUUACUGCUCUAUCUUAAAAGUGAUGUAAUGACUUCCAAUACCCAUAAUCUCCACUGAAAGUCCUUCCACUAGAAAAUUUGGAACAUCUCAUGACUUUUUACCAAUUUCUCACUACUUUUCCCAGCUCUAGGUUCAGAAUCUCACCUUUUUUGUCUUUUGGGGUUGGCAAGUGUGUGCCGUGUGCCAUGUAGUCCUUUAUAAUUUGGUCCUUUUGUCGUUGAUAUAUAUUUUUUUUUUGGGAGGGGGGGUGGGGGGGUGGUAACGCAAAAGACACAUUCUCCAGAAUUUUGAUCUCCAGAGGUUGGCCGCCUUGUAUUAGUAAUAAUAUUACAGUUGUUGUCCGAAAAUAGUUAUUUUAAAAGUGCUUGCUUAGACUUGUUGUAAGACUAGUGAUCUAGGUUCAUGAGCAUUUCUUUUGAUCUUCUAUUUAGCAUGCAGAUCUUACCUGCUGCUUUUUCUCAGCUCUCUUUCCCAUUUCCGCUACAUAUUAAAGUGCAAUGUAAAAGUUUAGCACAUGUAAAUCACUGCUUUCACUUUUCUGGAUGUAGGCUCUCCAGCAAGACCAGUUUUUGGGCUAGCUAUUUCUUGUCAGGUGGGUGAUAGACAGGCAUGUUAUAAGUUUUGAAGCAGUUGUAGGAAAUGAAGGUUCACUCAUACAAACAUAAAAAUGUGUCACUUUUAGUUUUCCACUUAAACCACGUACAACACCUAAUGAGCUCAGCCGUGACAGGUGUUCCAGGUUGUAGCCCUCUAUGACAGCUCUAAUAGAUACCAUGUUAUUAAUUACCAUUAUCAUAACUUUAUCACACAUCAUAUUUAACAUAUUUCAUGAUGGUAUGACAGAUAAAAUUAUUGUGUUAAAAAACUGUCUGAUCAAUAAAAUUAAUUAUCAAAUUUUAGAAAUGUUAGGUUUGUGGAGAGAGGAAAACCAGUGAACCCAGAGAAAAGUCUCUGUUGAAGAAAGAUUCAACCAGGUUGACUUUUUAACUUUAAACAAUGAUGUGAAUCAAUGCCUGCUGUGAUUGGUCAUUACCCAUGAUCUAUUAGAACUUACAGAUACAUGUACAUGGAGGAGGUCAUGGAAAACUUGUUUUCUUUGUAUUGUUCAACAUGGCACGCGGUUUCGAAAAUGUUUGUGAGAUUUUUUCAGAUUAAGCAAGUGAAAGCCUCAAAAAAAGUUGAGCAGGAGCUAUUUACAAAGAAAGAAAAUGGAAAAACAGAGACAAAAAGAGUUCUUAACAACUUGAGAAUGCCUAUACUGCAUGCAAGAAAACUUCACAACAGUUGCCAUCGUGUGUCAUAUUCGCUACGAGAGUCUCGCUGUUUUGCAAAAUAUUUUCGGCAUUUCUGCUUUGAGCAAGUGAAGACGUUGAAAACCUUUUGAAGAAACUGUUUACAAGUAAGAUAAGGAAAAAAAGAAGAAGCAAGGACAAAAAGUAGUGUGUGGGACUUAAAAAAUGCCUAAACAAGCAUAAAUCCUCGAACAGUCAAGCGGUACGAGGCGGGUAUGUGUAUCCGUCUUAUUCUUAUUCUUUUCUGAUCAUUGUAUAAAACAAAAAGAUUCCAUUUUGCCUUGGGUCUGUUCAGUAAUAGAUCACAGAUGACGUCAAAAUGUGGUAAAAACAUCAGUGACACACUCACCUAUGGCUUAUGUGCCACUUCUUUGUUUUUACCACCUUGCUCCAUUCUGUUUAACAAAUUUUGUUAAAAUUUUGUUUUGAGCAAUAGGAUUACCUUCUAAAAAUAUUGCAUCUGUUAUGUUAACUAAUUUAGUUUUUUUUAUGUUAUCUUAGAGAAAUGUCAGCUACUUGCCAAAGGCAGGUCCUGGAGGAAGAUCCUCUUUUAGUGGAGUGGUUGCAACUGUAUUUGGCAGUACUGGCUUUUUAGGACGAUAUGUCCUCAAUAGACUAGGUAAUUACAGCUGAAUGGGGCUACAAACUUGUUUGAGUGCUCAAGUGAUACUGCCUAGUACAGUGUAUAUAUAAAGUAGUUUUCUAUGUUCAUUAGCCACUGCUCAGUUAUCUCAGGAUCAAGGGGGACAGUGUUUAGAUCUUACGUGGCCUGAUGCAGAAGCAGAGGGCACCUGUAUCAUUUUGGCAAUGUCCAGUUUUAUCUUUCUUGAUCCUGUGUAAUUCAGCCAUCAGCUGUGAGGGAGAAAAUUUGUGCUGUUCAUUGUUCUUUGUAAAUUCCAGUCUUAAAAGUGUGCAUGUACGGCUAAGGCAAAAUGUGGUGACCCANCAAUAGGAUUACCUUCUAAAAAUAUUGCAUCUGUUAUGUUAACUAAUUUAGUUUUUUUUAUGUUAUCUUAGAGAAAUGUCAGCUACUUGCCAAAGGCAGGUCCUGGAGGAAGAUCCUCUUUUAGUGGAGUGGUUGCAACUGUAUUUGGCAGUACUGGCUUUUUAGGACGAUAUGUCCUCAAUAGACUAGGUAAUUACAGCUGAAUGGGGCUACAAACUUGUUUGAGUGCUCAAGUGAUACUGCCUAGUACAGUGUAUAUAUAAAGUAGUUUUCUAUGUUCAUUAGCCACUGCUCAGUUAUCUCAGGAUCAAGGGGGACAGUGUUUAGAUCUUACGUGGCCUGAUGCAGAAGCAGAGGGCACCUGUAUCAUUUUGGCAAUGUCCAGUUUUAUCUUUCUUGAUCCUGUGUAAUUCAGCCAUCAGCUGUGAGGGAGAAAAUUUGUGCUGUUCAUUGUUCUUUGUAAAUUCCAGUCUUAAAAGUGUGCAUGUACGGCUAAGGCAAAAUGUGGUGACCCAGAUCAUGGUGGAGCUUAAUCUGGAUGUGUCAACAGUUGAAGUAGUCUUCUUACUCACUACGUUUGUAUGGUUAUUAAGGCUACUCUUUCUUGUACACUGCAAGCACACAUGAAACAUGUCAAGAACCCAUCCCUAUUUUGCUGUGUCUGACUGAUUAAGUUUUUGCUUCUUGUGUUAACAUCUUUCCAUUGUCUAAAAUGGUGCACCCUCUUUUCACAGGGCGUGGUGGAAAUCAGAUCAUUGUGCCAUAUCGUGGAGAUGAGUAUGACUACAGGCACCUCAGGCUUAUGGGGGAUCUGGGACAAAUAAUGUUUUUUGUAAGUCAUAGGAUUAGUUCCUAAAGAAUCUUCUGUUUUUAUCUUGAAAAAGUGAUUUUCUUAAUGUAAAGCUUUAUUUUGCUCUUUUGAGGUGUGGUGUACUUGAACAAUUUGUUGAUAAUUUUUGUUUUGAGGAAUUGGGACUUGCCCUACGAGAACUUGACCGUUGCCUGGUUAGUUCAGUUGGGAGAGGGCUGAUCUACUGAGUGGGAGAUCGUGGGUUCAAACCCCGGCCUGAACAACACUCAGAAUCUUUAAAUAACUGCAUUUACCAUGUCUUAAGGCAUUGCUCUUAUUCUUGUCCCUUUCAUUAUUUUGUACUUCCAAGAUGAAGGUUAUUGUGUCUAAUAAUAAGCUAGUUAGUACUCAAUACAGCCAUGUCUUGAAAUUAAUUUUCACAGGAUUAUCACCUCAAGGAUGCUGAAUCUGUGGCUAAAAUGUUGACACAUUCUAACUGUGUCAUUAACUUGAUUGGUAGACAAUAUGAAACAAGGUAUACAUGGUAAUACUAAAAUAAUUGUGAUGUUGAUGAUGAUGUUGAUGCUCUAUUUCUACAAAGAAUAUCAAAAUGCCUGUUACAUGAUUAAAAUCAGUGUUGAUUGGGAUUUAUUUCACACUAUAAAUUUACUAGAGGGUAAAGGAUAAAUGCUGUACCGUAUUUAUUCGAUUAAACGCUGCGACGCUUGUUAAGUUUUUAGUGUUUCCAGUGCAGCGUUUAUUAAAGGGUGGCGUUUAUUUCAAAAUUACUUUUUUAUAAUCUCUGACAACAGUACUGUUGUUGUAAAUCAUUUGUAAAUAUUAUGUACUUUAAAGGUUCCAAUGUCUCCCUUAUUUUGCUGAGAUAGAAACGUAAAUGUCUGCCGUGGAUGGUGUAAUUACCAAGUUAUACCAAAGUUUUUCUUGUUAUUGUCGAGUAAGUGCCGCAUUCUUCUGAUUAGUUGCGGCAUUUAUUUGAGGGGGGAGUUUAUUGGUUAUUUUGCUUCCAUCUGUGCGGUGGUGUUUAAUUGAAUAAAUACUGUAUCUCUACAGGAACUUUUCUUUUGAUGAUNAGUUAGUACUCAAUACAGCCAUGUCUUGAAAUUAAUUUUCACAGGAUUAUCACCUCAAGGAUGCUGAAUCUGUGGCUAAAAUGUUGACACAUUCUAACUGUGUCAUUAACUUGGUUGGUAGACAAUAUGAAACAAGGUAUACAUGGUAAUACUAAAAUAAUUGUUAUGUUGACGAUGAUGUUGAUGCUCUAUUUCUACAAAGAAUAUCAAAAUACCUGUUACAUGAUUAAAAUCAGUGUUGAUUGGGAUUUAUUUCACACUAUAAAUUUACUAGAGGGUAAAGGAUAAAUGCUGUACCGUAUUUAUUCGAUUAAACGCUGCGACGCUUGUUAAGUUUUUAGUGUUUCCAGUGCAGCGUUUAUUAAAGGGUGGCGUUUAUUUCAAAAUUACUUUUUUAUAAUCUCUGACAACAGUACUGUUGUUGUAAAUCAUUUGUAAAUAUUAUGUACUUUAAAGGUUCCAAUGUCUCCCUUAUUUUGCUGAGAUAGAAACGUAAAUGUCUGCCGUGGAUGGUGUAAUUACCAAGUUAUACCAAAGUUUUUCUUGUUAUUGUCGAGUAAGUGCCGCAUUCUUCUGAUUAGUUGCGGCAUUUAUUUGAGGGGGGAGUUUAUUGGUUAUUUUGCUUCCAUCUGUGCGGUGGUGUUUAAUUGAAUAAAUACUGUAUCUCUACAGGAACUUUUCUUUUGAUGAUGUACACAACACAGGAGCAAGAGUUAUAGCUAAAGCUGCAAAAGAAGCUGGAGUCAAACGAUUGAUCCAUGUCUCAGCACUCAAUGCUAAUGAAGACAGCCCAUCAAAAUUUCUACAGUCCAAGGUGAAACUACUUCCUAAACAGUCAAAAAAAUAGUAGAUUGACUCAUAAUGAUUUGAGCACUUAAUGUUCAAUGACGUCUUUUAAAUAUUUUACAAUUUAUGUCAUCUUCAGUUUACCCUUUGAUGACCACUUUGGUAGUUUUUGGUCCAUAUAGAACGAUGCAUGUGGAAGGAAAAUAGCUUAAUAUCUUAAACUGAAAGCGUGAAAGCUUCUAGUUUAAGCUUUUAACUCGGUAAGCGGCAGAAUCAGCAAAGAAACAAUGUAGAUCUUUCCACUAGUUACUCAUUUUGGAAAUUGUGACCAAUUUUGACAGAGUUACUCAAAAAUACCAAGUAGCAUCUUGGAGAAAAAUUGACUAGCUGAUUUCUCUAUUUACAUACUACUCUUUGUGGAAUGAAUUUGUCCCUUCCCUAUCUAAAACGUUUGCCAGCCACAAGUUCAUGCAAAAAAGGCAAUAAAGUGGGUAACAAAACCUCAUAAAAGCAAAGAAAAGUAAGGGAAAAAAGAGAGAGAGAAAGAAAGAUCGAAAUUAUUAUAGAUUCAUAAAAAAAAAGAAAAACAAAAGAAGACAAUACAAAUUUUGGCUUCAUAUGCACAUGUGCCACAAGCAAAAAAGCUACUUAAUUACAUCAGAUUAGCCAGAAAAUAUGCCCUUAUUGUUGCAAAACUCAUUUUUUGCCAUUCCCAUGCAAAUUUGCCAAAAACCAGUCCAAAUAAGAGUAAAUGUUGAAAAAAAUGUGUUUUUUUGCUACAUCUCACUGGCCAUGGCCAAAGGAUUUAACCACUGUAUAAUUAUGCUAAAAUGUUUCUGUAUUGCUUUUAUUUUUCAGAAUUUUGUCUUUUUUAACACUGUGGUUAUUUUUCUGGGAUUUGGUUGUAAAAAUAUUGAUUUGUUUCUUCUGUGAUUCUUGACCAAUACUUGUGGGAAGUUAUUGGCAGUUUACCCUCCUAGCUAAGUAACAACCUCUAAAUUGGUACAGUAAUGAAAACCUAUGGACAGUUCUCUUGAUCCAGAAGAUAUCAAACUUCAUACAAUCUCUACCUGAGCCAUAAUACAGAUGCCUCUGUAAUGUAGACACUUGGUUAAUAAUGUCCCUUUGGUGUCUGUAAAUCAAAGAGGUGUGACUGUACAAUGUGUUUACUGUGUUUUGUUCCUAUGUCAGGCUCGUGGAGAGGCUGCCGUAAGAGAGGAGUUUCCAGAUGCUACCAUACUGCGACCAGCUACAUGUUUUGGCCAUGAGGAUCAUUUCUUAAACUACUAUGCAUGUAAGCUGUGCAUAAAGCUGAAUAUACCUUUUCUUUGCCUUUAAAGAGAAACAACUUGCUUACAAGUUAAUUUACCUUCUACAGGGACAGGGUAAAGGGUAAGAUUAAUGGAAUGCAAAUUAAUGUAGGGUGCUUUGUGAUGUUUUGGAAAUUUUUGUUAAGCUUUUAUCCUCAACACCAAGGAAGUGCCCUAAGAAACCGAAUUUGUAUAGAGACAAAAAAGGUAUUUCUGUGGUUUUUAAACAAUAUUAGGCAAAUUUAGCAAUGACAAUACACAUUGCACAAUGCACAAUGGUACAUUUUUUGGCCAUCACUGCACUACUACUAAUAUGUGAAUUUCCCGCAGGAAAUUAUAUCGAAGACAUGUUACAGUGUGACUUCUGGAACCAGGGUACUUGGAAGAAGAUUAUCCAACCACAACACUUUAGAAUUAUAAUAAUAAAGUAAUAAUAAAGUCUUUAUUCAUCAAAAGAUAAAAAUACAUAUCUUUUGUUACAAGUAAGUGUAAGAAAACAAAAGAUUCUCAAGUUUGUUUUUGCAAACGGACCAAUAAAGUUCAAGGUUCAACUAUGAAACUCUUGAACUGCUGGAAACUUUAAAACUGUUUAAACUUAUGUGUUUGCAAAUAACUUGAGAAUCUUUUGUUUUCAAGAAAUGUUGUGAUUGCAUAAUUUUUUUCCAAGUGCCCUAGUUCGAGUCAUUGCACUGUAAACACUUUAUGACAAUCUCAUUACCUAUGCCACCAUUGUUGCUUAUAAUAUAAAGCCCACUGUCAAAUAUCUGGAACUCUGGUUAAUCAGUGUAAUUAAAAAUAAUAGUGGCCUCUGGAGAAUCUUUUUCAUGGAAACAGACUGUUUUCCUUAUUAAUUUUUUUAUUCAGAUCUCAGAAAACUUCCACUUGGUAUUCCUCUGAUUGAUGGUGGACUGAAAACAACUAAAGUUCCUGUCUAUGUAAGAACUACUUUGAUUUAAUACCCAACUGUAUUUUUGACAAAAGACUGUUUUAAAUGUUAACAAGGCCACUGCUUCAGAGUGGAUGUGUCUUACCUGCUUGUCAACCAUUCUCUUCUGUGUUUUGAAAGUUUUCUUAUCAAUGUCUUUUCUAAUCUGAUAAAAACCAGAUGCAAACUCUGUGCUUCCUUGAAUUGUCUGUUUAGUUAUGUUGUGUUUUUUUUUACUUACUUUAUUUUCCAGAUUGCUGAUGUAGCCCAGGCAAUAGUUAAUGCCAUUCAUGAAGAUGACAGCAUUGGACAGACAUUUGAACUUGUUGGGUAACUUCAUUGUUACUAAUAUUACUGUUACUACCAAUAUUAUUUGUGAACACCUAAGUAUUACAACAACUGUCAUUGNGAGAAUCUUUUUCAUGGAAACAGACUGUUUUCCUUAUUAAUUUUUUUAUUCAGAUCUCAGAAAACUUCCACUUGGUAUUCCUCUGAUUGAUGGUGGACUGAAAACAACUAAAGUUCCUGUCUAUGUAAGAACUACUUUGAUUUAAUACCCAACUGUAUUUUUGACAAAAGACUGUUUUAAAUGUUAACAAGGCCACUGCUUCAGAGUGGAUGUGUCUUACCUGCUUGUCAACCAUUCUCUUCUGUGUUUUGAAAGUUUUCUUAUCAAUGUCUUUUCUAAUCUGAUAAAAACCAGAUGCAAACUCUGUGCUUCCUUGAAUUGUCUGUUUAGUUAUGUUGUGUUUUUUUUUACUUACUUUAUUUUCCAGAUUGCUGAUGUAGCCCAGGCAAUAGUUAAUGCCAUUCAUGAAGAUGACAGCAUUGGACAGACAUUUGAACUUGUUGGGUAACUUCAUUGUUACUAAUAUUACUGUUACUACCAAUAUUAUUUGUGAACACCUAAGUAUUACAACAACUGUCAUUGUGUACUUCCUGAAUGGGUCAAUAAAUUAUCUUCCCUUUAGCUUUCCUUGUAAGGUAAAAAAAAAGACGAUUGUAUACUUGUCUACAAGGAUGUUGUUAUGGUGUAAAUGCGACUGUUUGGUUUUGAUGAUUUCAUUCUAGUAAAUCCAAACUGUAGAUUUUUGCCUGUGGUACUUUUCCAGAAAAGGUUUAAUUCCCUCCUCCCUGUACAUGUCCAACUAAAAUACUUCAAGAUGUUGCCAACUGCAAGCAAAAGGAAUGGGAUUCAGAUACAUACAAGCAAAACUGUUGUAUGUAGCAAUCACAACUAGAGCUGGUCACUACCAUCUAAGAGAUAGUUCAACAACAGAUUACCCACUGAAUAAAGUCGUAAGUUGUUGCAGCUGUAAACCCAGCAUUAAAAUAAAAACUCUGAUAAGAUUGUAAGAAGCCCAUUAUGGGAUGGCAGAGCAAGUAGUGGGCGUAGUGGUGUGUGUGUGUUUUUUUUCUUUGGGGGGAGGGGGGUGGAGGCUUUUUUCACACUGCACACUUUUUAUCAGAAUUAUGCAUUUUACUUUGUUUUUGGCAAACAGAGGUAAUGUUAUUUAUAAUCUGUCAUGCUAUCCCCAUCUUGGCUUUGUUAACUCCUAAGUAAACACACCUUGUACUGUUAUUACUCUCCAUAAUCAUGUUCAAAUUUUUUCAGCCCAGAAGAGUAUUAUUUGUUUGAUAUUUUGGACUACAUCUACCGUUUGAUGAGGAGAGAAUUGCCACACUACACUAUGCCCAGAAAUAUUUAC